AUACGUGAGGCGACCCGGGAGACCCGGGAGACCCGGGUCCACUGGUGUGAGUGCUGUGCACUAAAAACCUGAUGACAUCAUUGUGUAGAGCCCAGAAAAAAAAAUGCUUUUCAAAAACUCAAAACCCUUUUUCACCUGAGACUAGAGACUAGUUCACCUGAGACUAGUUCACCUGAGACUAGUUCACCUGAGACUAGAGACUAGUUCACCUGAGACUAGUUCACCUGAGACUAGAGACUAGUUCACCUGAGACUAGUUCACCUGAGACUAGUUCACCUGAGACGUGAGGAGACGUGAGGAGACGUGAGGAGACGUGAGGAGACGGGCACAAACUGAAGCGGUCGAGUCGUUGAUCUGGUCCUGUGUGUUCUUGUGGUUCUUGUGGUUCCAGCGGUUCCUCAGCUCGGUCAUGGCCGACUCUCGGAGAACCUCGCAGCGUCACCGCCUCUGUCUUCUGAUCGGCGUCUCCUCCACUUUACUCCUCGUCCUCUUCAGCCGAGCGUUAAGAGACGGACGGCAGGAAGAGAGACGCAGAAGAGACGUCGUCCUGAACUCCACAGAGAUCCCAGCAGAGCACAUCGACCCAGCUGCCAUCGACCUCACCCCGCUGGUCAAUACUUUAGUGAAUACGAGCCAAUCGGGCUCCCGGCAGCUCUUCUCCCUCCUCAGUGUGACGUCCUACAGCUCUCUGGCUCUGCAUAAGCUCACCCUGCUGGUCUACAACAUUUCCAGCAUUAAAAGUGUAGAAAGCAACAAGUUCAGGAGAAGAUUCUGCUACUGCGUCACAAACGAGACCAACGACCUCACAGACUUCACGGCCAUCCUGCUGGACGUGAUGGGGAACUCCACCAGCUACCUUCACGAGCUCUUUAAAUCUGCCUCCAUAUUAUCAGUGAGCCAGAGGAACAACUCUGACUGUAUUUACAUCUGUGUGAUGGCAGGUAAGACGGGCAGAGAGGUGCCGGAGCUGUGGGAGGUCGGCUCCAUCACGCCGCUCUUCAACCAGACCAUCGUGGAGGGACCACACAGAGGUAACGUCUCCUCCUUCAGACUCCCUGUCGAAUGGCACCAACUGCCCACGCAUCUGAGUCACAUCUCUCCAUCUGGGAUGAGCUCCGUGCUAACCAGCAGAGUCCACUCAACUGAUCAUGUUUCACCAGCAACUACAGAGGAACCAGCUGCUACAACAGCGAAGAGGACCACUUCCCAGCCGCUGGCAACAGCUGGACAACCUGCAACCGUGACGCCGCAAAGUCAAACUACAGCGGGCCGACCGGAGACGACACAAAGACGGACAACACAGAAAGUAACAACACAAGCAGUGAUGACAGCUCAGACAACAGCUACAGAAAGAGGAACAAGCUUACAACCAAUCACGUCAACGCAACCAACCACCACCCUGAGAGUCACCACUGCCUCUGUCGCAACAGCUGCAGCUCCAACCACAAUAAGAGCUCAACAAACCAAACUGAACACAGCUUCAACCAAACCCACAACACUCGUACCAGUUAUUAGUCUGACCCGGUCAAUCACAGCUACACACCAGCAAAGUACAACGACCCAGCUCACAACUUCUACAGUUCAUCCUACAAGACUUUUAACUGUCCGUCCCACAGCAGGAUCCACGGUGGAUCGAAGGACUACAGGGCCCCUAAGCAGGAGAACUACAACACCCAGCAAGUCUGUGGAAGCAGAAAAACCAGGUUGCCCGUGGAGGAGGCCCGAGCUGACCGACGUCUCGCUCUCCGGCGGCAGCGCGACGACCGUCGGCGCUCACAAGCUGCAGCCCUGCGUCCUGGAGCUCUGCAAGUUCUUCUCCCAGUGCCUCUGCAGACCCUCCGGCUACAAGACACGCAUGAAAAGGUACUGUGACGACAGCCACCUCUGGUAUGAACAGCACACGUCUGAGGUGUGUCGGCGGGUCAGGAGAGUCUCCUUCUCCAGAAACCUGAAACAGAGAUGCCUGACAAAGAUGUGCAGUAAACUGUGACCAGAGAGGAAGCAGAGAGGAAACAAAGAGCUGUUCAUCAUCACAGGAAGUGUCUGAAACUACAAACCUUCAGCUGAGAACACUUCUGGAACAUCUGGAGAGUGCAUGGAAACAGAAUCUGGUUUCUAAAUCUGGAUGGUUUGGAAAUUGUUCACCGUGAAAGUUUUCAUACAACUUUUACACGUCACGUCAAUGUUUUUGACGUUUAUCGCUAUAAUCUCCUCAGUGAUGUGAUGUUAGAUUUUAGGGCCAAGAGGACUGAAUGACUCACACCGGACACCGAAAGCUGGACUCCUGGAACUGAAACUGUGCAAAAGCUCUAAAACUGACAGACUAUUUAUACAACUCAUAUUUAAAACCAAACUUUUCAAAUCAACUGAAGAUUUUAAGGUUUGGAAAACAGUCUGGAAUUUAAAAAACGUUUUUUUCUCAGUUCAAUAAAAGUCUGGCUGCCCUGCUCCGUCUCUCUGCUGCUUUUCAUUUAGAUGUUUGGAAGUUGUUCCAGGUGACCACCA